CGGCCGUCAUUCCGCUAGGGGAAGGUAGUUCCCACGGAUAAUCAAGUUGGCUGUCGGAACACCUUCUUGGCUUACUGCGCACACCUGCGAACGCCUAAGAUGAGCUGGCAAUUAUUGGCGCUCUAUCUCUCCUGUUUGAGUCAAAUCUGUCUCGCAGACAAUGGCAUGGUCAUGUCCAUGGAUGAUGGCAUGACUCUUGCCGUAGGGAACAUGCUCUCGUAUCUGCACUUUGCGCCAGGAGACACUCUUUGGUUCCUUGGCUGGGUUCCUGAGAGCUCGGGAACCAUGGUUGGCACAUGUAUCGUACUGUUUAUGUUGGCGGUGAUCGAGCGCUGGAUAGCAGCUUGCCGAGGAGUAAUGGAAUUCCACUGGAGCCAACAGGCGAUUAUCAUUGCGUCGGACAAACUCAAUACUCUACCAACUCGGUCAUAUCCCAUUGGAUUCAUAAAGCGCUUCACUCCACCCUUUAUCCCCGCGCAUGAUAUCUCACGUGGGGUCAUGUUUGCAGCGCAGACGCUGCUGAAUUACUUCUUCAUGUUGACGGUUAUGACGUUCCAACUAGGUUUCAUAUUCUCCCUUGUGGUGGGGCUCGGAGUGGGAGAAACGCUCUUUGGAAGGUUUGGCGGUGUCACGCAUGUGCAUUAAAUCUAUGCACGUUCCUUUUUGUAAGUAUGGAAUGACUACAAAGUAUUGACCUCUUGGUUAUCGUCAGGCAUGCCAAGCUAGGAUACAGUGUAUGAUGCGGAUAACUUGGAUAUGCUUUCUAACAACACAAACAUGACACUACUUACCAUGAGUAGGCGUGAGGGCACGAGCAGGUGUACGAUUGGUGGUAGAACACAGCAUGAGAAAUAGGAAAGUCAACGGUGCCAGGCAGGAGUUCCAGAGUCUUGUCAGCAUCGACCCCCAGCGCCAAAUCUCAAGCUAAGUUUGAAGUAUUUUGUUUUUACAUUUUGUGUAACAUUCAAAGCACCUUAUAUUGGUAUCC